UGACUUGGAGCCUACAUUGUGGUGGAUCUUCUCAGAAAUGCAGCUGACUUUGACUCUUUCAGGCUCAGCAGGAAUGCAAUUGUUGCUGCUGGUGUCAAGUCUACUCCUUUGGGAGAAUGUGUCCUCCAAACCAACUGCCAUGGUGCCCACUGAAGACCUGUAUACUCGUUUGGCUGAACUGUCUCAUAAAACAUUUAUCUUGACUGCAGAUGUGUAUAGGGAAUUUGAUUUGAAUUUUUUCGAUAAAACUUGGAUAACAGACAGAAUACUUCCCCUGUGUCAUACUGCUUCCAUCCAUACUCCAGAGAAUCGAGAGGAAGUCCACGAAAUUAAAACUGAAGACCUUCUGAAAGCAAUGAUCAAUGUUUCAAUUUCCUGGAAAGAACCUCUGAAACACUUGGUGUCUGCACUGGCUGCUCUUCCAGGAGCUUCUGAUAGUAUGGGGAAAAAAGCUGCUGACAUUAAGGACAGAAACCUUAUAAUUCUGGAGGGACUUCAGACAAUAUACAACAGG